CCUUAGACAAUACUGUAAAUAGAGUAUUAGUAAUAAAGAAGAACUGUCGAAAGUGUUCAUAAUCAGGAGACGCUGCAGAUAAAACAAUUAGAAAUGGGCACUGCAAUGGAAAUUUUCUGUCAGCUGUUGCUGUCGUACUAUUCCGGUCCAGAAUUAUAUCUGCCAGCGGGCUCAAAAUGCCAACAGUUGAACAUGACUGCUCCCGAUUGUUUGGAAUCCGUAUGUUCCAAACCAGAUAUGAUGGAAUCUAUAAACAAGCCAGUGGCCAUAUUUCAUGUAUUGAAUCUCCUCAACAUUUCCACAGACGCUUAUAAUUGUUUGACUCCUGAAUGCGUCAAAGCAGCUGCUAACAUCUUGUCCAAUUUGGAUGCUACGGAGAAGCCCUGCAAUGAUUUCUACCAAUUUGCAUGUGGUGGCUGGUUGAACAAACAUGCCAUUCCUGAGGGAAAAUAUCUGAUUUCCGUUGUUUCCGAACUUCAAGAUGGCAUCAACCGCAAACUUAGAAGUCUUUUAGAAGAGGAAUCGGUGGAAGACGAGCCUUAUUUCAUUCAAAUGAUAAAAAGAUUCUAUUACUCCUGUAUGGAUCUCGAACGCAUCCAGCAGAAGGGCAGUGAACCUCUGAAGAAGGUUUUAAAGGAUCUCGGAGGCUGGCCGGUAGUAGAAGGAGAAAAUUGGAAUGAGACUUCCUUUGAAUGGAUUGAUUCAAUUGAGCAGAUGAGUAAGAAAGGCUACAACCACAACAUCCUGAUGGGGUUGUCAAUUUUACCAGACGAUAAGAACAACACAAUUCAAAUAAUAAAGUUGGACCAGGCAGCUUUAGAAAUUCCAGGUCUCACGUAUUUGAUGCAGGGUUUAAAUGAUUCCUCUGUAGCUGCUUAUUUCAAAAUGAUGAUAAAGGCAGCUAAUAAGUUGGGUGCAAAUGCAAGUACCUUGGAAGAUGAACUCAAGGAAACGCUUAAUUUCGAAAUCAUGCUGGCCAAUUUUUCUUUGCCUCCUGAAAAAAGACGGAAUAUGACAAACAUGUAUAACAAGUACACUGUUCAGGAGCUUAUUGAACACUCACCUCAAAUUGACUGGCUUAAAUAUUUCAAUAGACUAUUGAGUGUUGAGAUCGAUCAAAAUGAGACAUUGGUUGUUAACGCUCCACAGUUCGUCAAAAAGUUCGCCGAUUUCAUUAAUAAAACAGAGAAAAGAGUCGUGGCCAAUUACAUGAUGUGGAAGGUUGUUCAAGAAUCUUUUCUCUUGCUGUCAGAGGAUUGGCGGAAUUUGUUUCAGGAAUUCUAUGCAGUGAUCGCAGGACAAACCAAAAAAGAAUCUCGUUGGGAACAGUGCAUUUCUUCUGUUAAAAAAGAUUUAGAAUUGGCCACGAAUGUGUACUAUGCACUACACUACCCUGAUGUUGAAAACGAAGGAUAUUUUUCUGCUGCGACAUUCCAGAUUGGAGUACCGAAAGUGUUUUUGAAUAAUACUUACGUCUUAGAUGAUGUAUAUCGAAACUUGUUGUUGAACAACGAAAAUUAUUUUGACAACGCAUUGGAAGCUCACAGAUGGUCAACCCAAUUCUCCUUCUCUCGGCUUCGUAUACCUUUCGUAAAAGGACAGGGAAUGCAACAUAUACGAGCAGCUGAAGCAAAUGCAUUUUACAACUUCUACCAAAACAGCAUUGAAUUUAAUACAGGAAUUUUACAGUAUCCUUUAUUCGACAAAGAUCUACCAUAUUAUUUGAACUUAGGAGCGUUUGGUUCAAUGAUUGGUCAUGAAAUUAUGCAUGGAUUCGAUGACGAAGGUCGGCAGUAUGAUAAAAAUGGUAAUUACGUCAACUGGUGGAGCAGAGAAUCAGAUGAGCUCUUUUUAGAGAAAGCGAGGUGUAUCAUAGAACAAUACGGUAAUUACACUGUUGAAGACGGAAUCCAGGUGAACGGUGUUAACACACAAGGAGAAAAUAUAGCUGAUAAUGGAGGGCUCAAAGCAGCUUACUGGGCUUUUCGAACGCGGUCACUGUUUGGUGGAACAGGUCCAAUGCUGCCAGGACUGAAAUAUACACCGAAUCAGUUAUUCUGGAUAAGUGCAGCACAAGUGUACUGUAGCAAAAUUACACCAGAGUUUGAAAAAUUCAACAUUAUGGCUGGAUCACACACUCCGCAAAAGUUUAGGGUAAUAGGAACAAUGUCUAAUUUACCAGAAUUUUCUGAAGACUUUCAGUGCGAACCAGAUUCGGCAAUGAACCGAAAAACCAAAUGCCGAGUUUGGUAGAAUGUCAGUUAUGCCAGAUAAACUGUUCUACGAAAGAAUACAUUGGCAUUAUUGAUUUAUUGCUAUUUUAAGUGCAAGUAUAACACUUAUCUGCAAUUAUAAUUAACUCUAUUUUUAAGAAUAAAGUUUUGAAAUUCCUAUCAAUUCUCGGAACUUUUAACGAAAAAUUCAGAUUAAGGUUGGAGACUUUUGGUAAUUUCUCGCCAAAUUUGUCGACAAAAAUUAGUCGCCAAAACCAUCGCCAGCUGGGCGAUAUCUCGCCAAUGUAGCGAGAUAGCCAUUUUCUCUAUGUUAACAGAUUUGCCCCUGUAUUCUUAUUUUUUC